AGCCCCUAACUUGUUUCCCACCCCAUCCAAGGGACUCAUAGUCCACUAACGGUAAAAAGGGAAAGGAUUACACUGAGGCAGUUGACAUCAAUUCCUCUGGGAUGCGGAGGAGGUGGGAGAUGAUUGACAGGCUCUCUGCGGAACGCUCACGGUACUAAGACAUCGUCAUCGACAUCAUCAUCAUCAUCAUCAUCAACAACAAUAACAAUAACAACAACAACAUGAACUCCUCAUCAGGCAACCUUCACAGCAAACACCUUCCUUAUGCUGGCUUUUGAACUGCGUCCAUAACAGUCCGGAUGGUUCUUUUCCUCUUUGGCCCGGAGGACACAACGUCCACAAUUUCCAAAAACAAUUCUCUCUGCUGCUCUUCUCUCUCUACACGAACGACUGCACCUCAGCGAACCCGACUGUCAAACUCCUGAACUUUGCAGAUGACACCACUGUCAUCGGCCUCAUCAAGGACGGGGACGAGUCUGCAUAUCGACAGACUUCAGGAGGCAUCCUUCGCCACAGCUGCCCCUCACGUUGUCCAGCUGCCUUGUGUCAACCAUCGAGACCUUCUAGUUCCUGGGAAUUACAGUCUCUGAGAGCGUGAAGUGGGCGACCAACAUCAACUCCGUCCUCAAAAAGGCCCAGCAGAGGAUGUACCUCCUGCGGCUUCUGAGAAAGCACGGCCUGCCACCAGAGCUGCUGAGACAGUUCUACACAGCGGUCAUCAAAUCAGUCCUGUGGUCUCCCAUCACAGUCUGGUUUGGUGCUGCUACAAAAAAGGACAAACUCCGACUGCAACGGACAAUCAAAACUGCUGAAAGGAUUGUCGGUACCCCCCUACCCACCAUUGAGGACUUGCACGCUGCCAGAACUAAGACAAGGGCAUGCAAAAUCCUCUCGGACCCUCCGCACCCCGGUCACCAGCUCUUCCAGCUCCUUCCCUCAGCGGAGACAGAGCGAGGUCCGAGGAUUCCAGAUAUGGACAGAGCCCAUCAACUUAAAGUAAGAGAGAGGCAGCGUUUCUUUGAGGAAGUCUUUCAACACGAUGUUGACGUCUACCUGUCCUCAGCACACCUUUCGAUUAGAGACUACACGAGACCACCUAUUGGUAGCAUCUCAUCUAUGGAAGUGAAUGUGGACAUGCUGGAACAGAUGGAGCUGAUUGACAUCUCUGACCAGGAGGUUUUGGAUGUCUUCUUGAGCUCUGGGGGUGAAGAUAAUGUCCUGAACUCCACAAUGUCCGUCAAUGCCAACAACAACCCUGAGGGAGUCAUCACUAAUGGACUCCUUCGACAUGUCCUUGAAGGUUUUGACUCCAAAUCCCGCGUGUCGUCCACAACUUCAAAUUCUUCUGACAGCCAUAUUACUAAUGCCAAUCUAGGUGACACUUGUGGAGUCAUGUCACAGGAUUGUGUCACAUGUACCAACACCGUCAAGAGAAUAGCAUCACCACAAGAAAGAGAGGAGAAAAGUCUGACCUCAUCAUCUAUGUAGAAAGUAGGCUCCCUUCACCAGACCGCCACCUGCAGCCAUAAUAAGAACUGUAUCUCUACGCCACAAACAUCAAUGCUCUUAGCGUUUAAUUGUUUUAGGAUGGGUUUUGGGUGGAUUUGAGAGGUAGGAAUUAUAGACUGUGGGCAUUCAUUUUUACCUGUGUCGUUGCAGUAAGCAAAAUACGGUCAUAAAAUAUCACCCAUACCGAUCUCAUGUUUCAUGUGUGAUAAACAUUUUCUUCAUUUUUGUACAGCAUUAACGCAAUUGAGAAGUAAAAAAUAUAGGGAUUAGUUCUACUAAUGAAAUGUUCAGGAGUAUCACAUUUUUCUUCCAAUUAAGAUUUUCUGUUUUCGCUAACUUCACCAAUAUGUUCUUUGUUGAGCAAUAAAGAGGAAGAGAAAAAAAACAAUGUGUGACACAAAGUGUUAUUUAAAAUAUUUAGAGAAAAAAUAGUACUGAUACAACAUUUCGCAGACCCUUGCACAAUACAAUGGCAAAUAAUAGUUCACAUUAUAUGUUAAAGCACAGGAAUGUUUUGUGAAAAUACUUGUCUCCUGAACCUGCGUGUGCAAAAAAAUAAAUACAAAAAAUAUACAAAUUGAGCACAAAUCUUAGAUCAUCGUACAGUAGAAAAUAAAAUUUCACACUUUUUCUACGUUAAAAAAACUAACCAACUACCAACCAAGCUGCUGCUCCAACUACCGAACGAGCCUCCACUUUAGCUAGCUACCAAGAUUCUGUUCCAGCUAUGAACCAAGCCACUUCUCCAACUACUAAGAAGGCCAGUCUCGACAGAAGAAACUUUAGCCCAACUGUUGUUCGACCCUUAUCAAAAGCCAGACAACAAAAACUCCCCUAACAAAAAGGAAGAGGAAACAAACGGAAACAUUUACUGACAGACAUGUCAAGAUGGAAACGGAAAAUAAGCUUGUCCAAAAAAAAAACAAAAAAAAAAACGUUUGAUUGUUGUUAGUGUAGUUUAAGUCCUGUAUUCUGCAAAACCACUGCAAUUGUGUUUAAAAGUUUUGAACAAGAAAGCCUUCAAUAUCUUUAGUCAUUGCCACUGGCUUUCAUAAUGUUACAUUUCACCCGAAGGUACAGUACUGUAUUUACAGGCUGACCCAGACUAUGGGGUCAGUUGUAACAAUUCACCCCUUGUAUUUGAGAUUAAGCCAUGCAUUGUGUGUUUGUGUUGAACAGACAUUUUUGAUGCAAUUUAUUAGCAGACACUUGAAGCUAGUCACCCUAGGUCAGGGGUGGGCAAACUACCGCCCGCGGGCCACAUCCGGCCCGUUGAUCAUUUCAAUCCGGCCCGCCAAAGAUUGGUACAGAAUCGCCCAAAUCAUAUAACAAAUCAUAACUACAUUCAUUUGACCAUGUCCUGUAAUGUUGAGUGGUUGCACCAGGUUGUGCUGUAAAGCCCAGUGGUUCCACCAAGUUGUCCUGUAAUGCUCAGUGGUUCCACCAGGUAGCGCAGUAGGUACAGUGAUACAUUGACUUGACUUUGGCUGUUCUGUUUUUACUCUGCUACUGCUCUGAACCCUUCUUCAACCAUGAGUGGGCCAAAGAAAAGAAAGGUGUUUAAUAUAGAAUGGACUAUAGAAUACUUUUUCACUGAAGUCCGGUCAAAGGCUGUAUGUCAAAUUUGUGAAGAAACCAUUGCGGUUUUCGAGGAAUAUAACAUCAGCCGUCACUUUUCUACCAGCACGCUGAUUAUGCUAACAGCCAAUCAAGGCAGGAACUGAUGGCUAUGGCUCAGCGGUUAAAAUCAAGCUUCCAGGCUCAGCAAAACACCUUCAUCUGACAAACUCCCAUCCAAGAUUCAGUCACACAAGACCCUGAAACAGCGCCAUGGGAGCUGCAGAUGGAACUUACUGAUCUCUGAUGUGAUACUGUCUUAUAUGAGAAGUUCGACUGUCAAACUGGAUGAGUUUUAUGCUUCAUUAAGUGCAGACAAAUUUCACAAAAUCUGGAAGAUGGCACAGAGGAUGCUGGUGGUGUUUGGCUCUACAUAUGUGUGUGAACAGACUUUUAGUGUGAUAAUCACCAACAAAAACAGCCUUCAGAUCCCAGCUGAGUGAUGAACACCUCAGAUGUGUUCUGAGAAUUACCACCACAAAACUAACACUUUGAUGCACUGGAAAAAAAAAAAAAAGGUGAUCAACAAAACAACACUGUUCCCAUUAAAUCUUAAGUA